CGCUAGACAUGUGACACACGAUCACCAGAAUGCGGAAAGAGUCUCGAGGAUCUUAUUAGGGGUUUACGGUUUGUCAACAAAGCGUAUCAUCGGUAAAUGUAACCGUUUCAUUUUCUUUUGUGUUGUCAAGAAAGGAACGGACCAUUCAAAACACAAAACCUGCCGCUAAAAUAAAAGCAGAAUGUCAUCGGAAGAGUUUGAAAAGCUGCAGGAGAUCUACAAAUCCCUUUAUGACGAACUGAAGUUGAUGCCCGACAGAUUACUGAAAUGUCAAGGAGAGGAGAAGAAGAGGUUGGUGAGGACUUUUGAUGAGAGACAUGGAGAGGCAGUGGAAGUGCUGCAGGGCAUGGAGCAGGAGUUGAUCGGUGCUCCAUCGUCCUACCGUAACACCAUGUCCACCAAACUGCGUCUGUACCGCAGAGACCUGGGGAAGCUCCAGAGAGAGGUGAAGAGCUCUGACCUGUCCUCCUCCUCUACCCGGCCAGCAGAGGGCGCCUACGGCGUCUACUCCUCUCAGAACGAACACAGUACCCAGCUUCAGUCGCAGAGGACCUUGCUGCUCCAGGGACACGAGCACCUGAACAACGCCAGUCAGAGUAUCGAGAGGAGUCAGCGCAUCGCUGCGGAGACGGACCAGAUCGGCGUGGACAUCAUCGAGGAGCUGGGAGACCAGAGAGAACAGCUGGAUCGAACCAGAGACCGACUGGUCAACACUGGGGAGAACCUCAGCCGGAGCAGGAAGAUCCUGCGAGCAAUGUCCCGCCGACUGAUGACCAACAAGCUGAUGUUAUCAGUCAUCAUUCUGAUGGAGCUGGCCAUUCUGGGUGCUGUCGUCUACCUCAAGUUCUUCCGCAAGUAGUAGGCCCGCUGACUCAUCAACAAGCAAUACAGGACGGGAGUGUAUCCAAGACUCGACGAGCCGCAUUUCAAGCCAUGAUGUAUGGACCAAGCCAAGCCCAGGGACGGGAGAUUAAUACUGGACAUGGAUAUGAUCCAGACUUGUUAAUGCGUAAUGCGCUGUCUGAUCCAGGAGUGAACUUCCAUGGUUCUGUUCCGCACACUUUUAUCAUGGAGAAGUGUCUGCAGUCAUUUAUUUACUGACUCGGGUUACUGUGUAGGAUGGAUUUUUGUGUAUGUCUCAGGUCCGAGCAUUAAGGCCUCAAAUCCACCCUCCCCUUAUUCUAGUCUUGAAAUAGAACUCUACUGCUUUCGACAUUGUUAUGACAAAACCUUGCCGGGCUGAGCAGUUGAAGGAUAAGGGUUUAUCAAUACUAACUAUUCUUUCAUUGAAAUGCAUGAAAUUUAAAAUAUGCAUUCUCCAUAAAUGAAAUCACUCUAUAGAAAUACCUUUGACAUGUACUAACAAUAACAAAAAGUAAAUGAAUUGAUAUAAAAGUGGUUUUGUAAAUGUA